AUGCCCCCACCUCUCUGUUUCCCCUCUUCUAUCUCCUCAGAUCCCGACUUUGCUGAUUUGGGAGUACCCCCACCUCUGCCCUCCUGUCAGUAUGACAUGGUUGGUCCAGAAGGUAUCGUUGAGUCCCACCAGAUCACAAGAGACGGGAAAGCAGGUGCCGCCGAGGCCGUCGACUGUAAAUGGUACAUCCGUGCUCCACCCCGUUCCAAGAUCUAUCUGCGUUUUCUGGACUAUGAGAUGGCAAACUCCAAUGAAUGCAAACGCAACUUUGUAGCAGUGUAUGACGGAGGAAGCUCUGUGGAAGACCUGAAGAGCAAGUUCUGCUCCACGGUGGCCAACGACAUCAUGCUGGUGUCCACGCUGGGAGUCAUCCGGAUGUGGGCGGACGAGCUCAGCCGCAAGAGCCGCUUCCGCAUCCUUUUCACAACCUACCAAGAACCUCCAUGUGAUGCUGAUGCCUUCUUUUGUCACAGUAACAUGUGCAUAAACUACACUCUGGUGUGCAACGGCAUUCAGAACUGUGUCUACCCCUGGGAUGAGAAUCAAUGCAAAGAGAAAACUAAUACCAAAUUCCUGGACAAUCUGAAUUCCACAAACGGGGCCAUAAUUGGUGUGACUUGCUGCAUCGUCUUCAUCCUCCUCAUUGUCUCAGUAAUUGUUCAGAUAAAGCAGCCGCGUAAGAAGUACAUCUUGCGACGAGAAGACUUCGACCCCACCAUGUUUCAGGAGGUCUUCGAGCCCCCUCACUACGAGCUGUGUACUUUACGGAGCGCUGCCACGCCCACAGCAGCCUCUGCAGAUUUGGUUGACUUGGCGGAGGACUUUGAGAACUACCACGCCCUCCGCCAGGCCUCCUCCCGCUGCAUCCACGACCACCACUGUGGCUCCCCCUCCUGCCCCGGAUCCGCGCACAUAUCGCAGCUGUCGCUCAGCGGGCGAGGGAGCCGGAGUAACUUAAGUGCCCGUGACUCAGGGGCCGCGGCAGCUCUGCUCGCAGACCUUCCACAGCCGCCCAUGUCGGUGCGGCCGCUGCUGCCGGCCACAGGGAACCGCAGGAGCAUCUUGGUCAUGAAGCACAGCUACUCGCAAGAGGCGGCAGACAACGGGUGCGACCUGGACGAUGACCUGGAAGAAGUUCCCACGACGAGCCACCGACUGUCGCGCCACGAAAAGGCAGUACAGCGACUUCUUGAGAAUAGUGCUAUCCUGGAACAGUACGAACGGGCGUCACUGACACAUGACAAAGCGGAGCGGAGAUUUACACCAGCAUGAUGCUGAUGAUGAUGAGGGGACACUUUAAUGAAAUGGAUGCUGGAGGUGUAUUCAUGCGCAAAGAUUACAAAGGACUAGAUGGAAAUAUUCUAGCCACAAUGUUGUGGAGGACGGAUAUCUGAAAAACAGUCGUCUCUGCUGCUGUUGCAGGGUUUUUUGUUUGUUUUGUUUUUUUGACUUAUAUAGAAGGAACACAGUUCAAGGACCUCUGUUUGGGCUGUGAAACAUCUGUGUCAUUAACAUAAAUUCCUUCUGACCACAAAAGAAGUUUAACUGAACUAAGUCUAAGUUCGUUUUUCAGCAUGUCUUUUUUCAGUCAAUGGCAUACAUGCUAUGAUUUUCACAACAAAUUAUACAGGCUUGCAAUUGGUCUACUCUCUUUGAAUUUUACUCUAUGUAUUACUAAACUAAUUUCAUUUUUUUUUAUUGUGGGCUUAAAAAACCUCUGUUUUAUGUUGGAUAAUAAUGUAAGGUAGAGGUGUGUGGGUUGUGCAUGCUCUUUUAUUUUCCAUUAAACCAUUAACAUACUAACAUUAAAGUUGAAAAAAAAAAAAAAAGAAACACUUAUCCAUGCACUGUAUGAGCUUCAGAUGCUAUUUAAAUAGCAUUCACAAAAUGCGUCAAAUACAUUGCAUGGCGUGUGGGUAAAUCACUACACGCCGUUCUGCAAUCACAUUUUCACAGCCUGAUUUGAGUUUGACGUUGCUGUCUUUUGAUAUGUUGACAAACUUUUUGACUUAAACUUUCACUUUAAAAUGAGCCUUUUUGACAAAUAUUUAAGUCUGACUGACUUCUCUUCUACUGAAGCUCAAUAUCUUUGUAUGAAAAGAGACUUUUAUAAUAGGAAACAAUGAAGUGAAGGUUUAUACAUUGUUCAACUUAUCUUUCAGGGCUUAUUUUUGCUGAUGCUUUUUAAAAUAAAUGCAAUACUUAAGCUUUCCUUUGAUUCAUCAGAUGUUAAUCAGCUCCUUCAUGUGUCCAUUAAGCGUGUCCUCAGGUUGUUGAGCAAACCAUUGAUAUCUCAGCAUGCACGGAGCAUUUGGAUGGCGUAGCUAGUAUGAAGUUAAGGUUAUUUAAUCUAAGUGUUAUUUUAUUGCAGUGAUAUUUUUGAUUAGCACUCGCAUUUAUUCCAAUGCCAGUGACAUUACAUUGCAAUGCACAUGCCAUGGUAUUUUUUGAAAUGCCUAAGAAAAUUGUUUCGGUCUGGCUCUGCUAGGGAUUAAAUUAAAUAUAAUGCAGCAUCAGAUGCAUAGAAAAUUGAUGCCUGAGCAUAAUUUAUUUAAAGCUAGGUAUCUUUCUAAGCCAUUGAACCACAAUGCAGAAUCUCAAGUUUCAUAGAAAUACACGUGUUUGUAUAUAUAUAGCAAACACGUGAAAAUAGCAUAUUGGGUGAUAUUGACCAUUUCUGCUUCUUGGCUUUUUUAAAAAACAACAAAUAAGAAUCAAUGUAUUAUUUGCCUAAUUUUAAGAUGAUCUUUAGACCAGAACAUUUUUGUAAUCAUAUUGUUUGUUUUUUUUUUGUUUUUUCUGGUGUGUAAACCUUUAUUGAUGAAAUAGGGUGUACUUUCAUUAUCACAUGUCUACAAAACAGAACAGUCUAGCUAUCCAAAUAGCUGGAAUAGUUUUGUAAGAAAACCUAACAGAUAAAAAUGGUUUGUGUUUACAAUCAUGAGGAUUAUCAUAAUGAUUACAUGUUCAUUAUUAAUCAUAAUUAUAUCCUGGUCAUCAUUAUAAAAUUAAUUGAGCUUUGACAGUCAGUCAUUGGUGUUUUAUUGAGCACAUAUCAGUCACAGUCCAGGAUGGGAAAAAAUAGUCUGUUUAGCUGCAGCAAUUGUUUUUAGAUGGCUCCAUUAAGUGCUAAAACUCGCAAUAAAAUUUAAGGUAUUUCUUUCUAACCACCAAAAUAUUUUCACUUUUACCAAAUUUGUGAACACUGUCGACUUAAAACUAUUUUGUAUGACAUAACACAGUUUUGCUCUGAGCCUGAAGUAAUAAAUUUGACUCUGGUCUUUCCAAAACAUGAAUAUUCUUCUUUUUAUGUUGUUUUCCAUCUAGUCUGUCAUUAAUUUGAAUGGGUUUAUGUGCUUUAUUUUUUAUUUUUUUUGUCAUUUGGCAUGACUUAAUCUUUCUUAAACCCUGUACUAUGGUUUGCUGCCCCGACAUUCACCCAAAUGAUUUUGGAGCACAAAACUCAAUUUGAAAAGGUUUAAGAUAUAAAAUGCCAACUUUACUGUUUCGCCGACAUCACAGCUGUAAGAUUUAGCCUUGCUUUUACGUCCAGUUUACUGCAGCUGCCCUAGCAUGAAUGGUGCAUUAGAGUAACUGUUUUGCACUCCAAGUUUCCCAAACUUCACAAUCCCACUCAUACACAUUUACCCCAAAAAGGACCAUUCUGCUGAAAGCAGUCUAAUUUAUUGCAUCAGAUAUGAAUCAAUGAUGAACUAUGCAGAUAAUGACCUCAAAUAUAUUUCUCCAGGUUUAAUGACUUCUUACAUUUUAAGAUUAAGAUGAUCAUAUUCCUGUCUAGAUAAGCUGACAGGAAUAUAUGUUUAACACUUAUUUAGUGUUUAGUUUAGCACCAUGUUGCCAUUCAGUGUUAAACUAAAUGGCUGUUUAGUGUAACACCCAUUGAGUGGUUAGCUUAACACUAAAUGGGCGUUAAACUAAACCCAAUUAGUUUUACCCCAAAUGGCAACAUGCAAAUGAGAUUAGAUUCAGCAUACUCUUGUGCAACAGGAAUUGUAUCAAUGGUUGAUGUAACUAUGAAUAAUUAUGACUAAUAAUUUACUAUUAAUAAAAUUAUUAGUAGAGUUUAAGCUUGUUUUUUGUUUUUUUUUAGGGGAAAAAAAGUCUGGGCACCAUUCCACGACAUCGUUAACCAAACUCGUCAGUCUCACAUGAAGUUGUGAAUUGAACCCUACUGAACAGAAAAUACUUCACACAUUUACCGGAAUACACAAAAACUUCUUUUAAAAGCAUCUGAAUCUAGAAACAAAAAUAGAUUCCCCUUACAGUCAAAAUAUUCAGCCAAUAACUCCCAUAUCGGACUACUAAUAAUGCAAUCUAUCUACUGCUCUACAGACAAUGAACAAUCAAGAAUCAAAUCGACUAACUAAUAAUGAACUGCAAUUAAGGGAUGGAAUACUGAAAUAUACAUCAAGACUAAUGAGCUAAUUAAGAAUAUACGUGAGCACAACAUGUGAGGGAAGAGGAGGAGAGGGAAAGAAAAGGGGGAGGUGAAGAUGUCAAGCGUCGCGGCAAGAAAACCACUUGCGCAAAAAGCAAUAAACCUUAAACGUUUGGCCUCGCUUAGCCUUUAGAGCUACACAAAAGGCACAAAACGCGUGAGUGUCUUUCUCCACCGCCACUUUAUCUCUGCAGUUUGUGAUGAGUUUAUCGAGUAUGUGGGAUAAGUAUGUUGGAUUCCAGCACAAUGAAUGCUGGGAGAUGCUGUCCAAUCACUUGACUUUGAAAAGGGCCCCAACAAUACCUUACUUGUUUGGCCAUGUCUCUUACAGUGCCUUUACUGUGCACAAGAGACAUCCCAUUGACUGCUACGUCUUCUAACAGGAAAAAAAAAAAAAGUUCCAGUUUCCAUCUUAUUUGCCAGUGUUUGUGCUGCCUACAAGAUUGUGCUGCCACCAUGUGGUGAGCCAUAUCCCCUACAUAAAAAAAAAUAAAUAAAUAAAAAAUAAUACUCCACUAUUUGGAACUUCACAAUUAAGGAAUAGUUCAAAAAGUUGUUUAUUUCAGUGGGCAAUACAGCUGUUUAAUUUUAACACUUUUCUUUUUUAGGCUGGACUGACUGUGAGUGAUAAUGUAAUGUUUAUUAUACGAGUAUAAAUAUACUACUGUCAAUUGAUUAAAUUAAUUCUGAAUUUGAUUAUUUGUUAUUAUGAUGACUUGGUCACUUUUUUUUGUGAUAAGUGCAAAAAUGAAAACAGACAGACAUAACUCUAACAUUCAAUCAACACUCUUUUUGUGUAUAUUUUUCUUAGAGUUUUGUCUAAAUAUGUGGUUUUCUUUUCACUGUAACCACCAUCAACACUCUUUACUUUUAUUGUUAUUAGUCUGAUGUACUUCAUGCAUGAUUACAUUUGUGCUCUUCUCAUUACAUAAACACAGGGUCAUACAUACUCUGACAAGUACCAAUAAAAUACUUUGUUUCUGUUCGUACAUUGUAGACUUUUUCUUUCGUUUCUUAGUUCACAACCCAACAUCUAGAGAAAAUUCAAAAAGUAUCUAGCACAGCUUGAACAUGCUCUUAUAUAUCGCUAUGUAACAGAUGCUCAAAUGUACGCACAAACGUAAAUGCAGACCCAUCUGCCACUUCCAAGGUGGAAGUGCUGCAAUCUCUAAUUGAACAAAUCUGAAUCGGAUCAAUCCGAGGCAGGCCAGGCAGCAGGUUGGAACGGAACAGGGCCUGGAGCAGAUUUUCAGUAAUAGUGUCUUUAUUUCUCUGCAGAUACAUCAGACAGAUGCAUCAUUCCGCUGCAUCUUGCCAAGUUUGACAUCAUUCGGAGCUAAAGUUUCUCCCCUGUGUGCAUCCUCAGUGAUGAACUGUUACCCUAAGUAACUUUACUGCUGUAGAGUGUUGUGAUCAGAAUAUAUUUUUUAAGUUUCUGAUAAAGUUUUUUCUUCCGUCUUUUUCUUUACCUUGGAUGAUAAAAGGUGCAUCCCCUCCCCCCCUUCCAUCCUGUGCAGCUCCACAUCAGGUUGGGCUUGAUGAGCAAUGGAGCAACUGAUUUCAGAUAGAAGACAGAUUUUUAUUUUAAGUAAAGUACCUUUAAUGUAAAAUUGCUCUUAGGUGAAAAAAGGACAGAAUCAGGUUUAAAAAAAAAAAAAAAAAAAAAAAACAUUUUCACAAACCAUAUUGACCAUAUUUUCAAUUUUGAUGUCAUGGUUUCUCAGUAGAGAAUCAGAUUCCUUUUAUAUAAAAACAAAUGACAGUUCAGGAUAU